CAUCAUACGCAGAGGUGCGUUGUCUCCAUGGCUGCGGAGGACGCAUAAUCCUGCUAGUUAGCUUAAAGGCUGUUCUGGGUUUCUGCUUAUAAUAUCUAAUGGGAUAUGUUCCAGGAUGACAGCUAAAUGUGGAAAUAAAUUCUGAGGUUUUCGAAACAAGGGUAUGAGCAGUGCCUUCCGGUUAAAUGUUAGAUUUUUAGCGUUUAUUGGUAUUUUUUUAGCAAUUGUUGCUAACAUAACUGUUAACUGUGUUAUUAAGGACUGGGGGAACACGAUGUAUCAUAAGGAAAAGAGUAUCCAGAUCAAAAACAGCGCUUCCGCGCUGUAUAACAACCUGAGCGUGUUGCGCAUCGCUCCGAGACGCCUCACAUACUUCACAGUAGUCCAUGCAAACGUUGUGAACAUGGUCAGCGCGUCCUGGGACGGCCUCAACUACUCCCAUCGUCAGCUGCAGUCCAAAGAACCCAACGUUGCAACCAGCACCUCGCUCAUCAUGCAGGCUGCUUUCUGUGUUUUACCCUUUCGUGAGCUGUUGGUGGUGUCGUCUCAAAAAGGCAUACAGAUGUAUGAAUCUGAUGGCUCAAUAAUGGUAUACUGGCAUGCACUGGACACUCCUGAAACACCCACAGAACAGGCAGUGUUUGCUCGAGGAAUAUCCGCUGUCUCUGACAAUUAUAUAUGUGUCGGCGUUUCAUCAGGAGCAGUUCUGGUGUUUGAUGUUCCAAGUAAAGGGAGCAACAUUACCCUAUCUGAGGUACUGGAGGAGCACAAGGAGGCUAUCACUGAUAUUGCUUCAGAGUGUUCUGGCAGCCAGGAGUGCUUAGCUAAUCUGGUCACUGCGGAUGAUGGCGGCAACAUGUGUGUGUGGAAAUCUGGGGAGGAAUUUCAACUUCUUAACAAGAUCCCUGGUUUGGACAUAACCUGCUCGUCUGUAAAGCUGUGGAAAGGUACAGUGUUGGCAGGAUAUGGCACGGGGCAGAUUCGUCUCUAUGAGGCGGUUACGGGCAUUCUUCACGCUGAGGUCAAUGCUCAUGCUCGUUGGAUAUACUCUCUGGACAUUGCGCCCUUUUCUGGACUGCUUUUGUCUGCUGCUGAGGAUUCCUUUGUCAGGGUUUGGCAUCUGGCUGUAACAACGGACACCAACAGCGUGGAGAUCGCCCACUUACACAACGAAUGUGUGACAGAUACACAGAUUUGCGGUGCUAAAUUCUGUGACGGAGACGGUUAUGCUUUUGCAGUGACAGGUUAUGAUCUGAGUGAGAUCAUUCGGUAUGUACAGUCAUAGACCAUCAGAAAGGCUAAAUGCAUACUUGUGAAUUUGAUUUGUAGUAUUUUUAUAUAAAGUGCAUGUGAAUAUAGGCUCACUAGAAUGCAACUUUUUGUGAUUUUUUUGUUUGUUUGUUCUGUUGAUGAAUAUCUGAAGCAGAAUACUAAAUAGCUCAGUAAUGCAAAGAGUGUUUGAAGAUGUGUGUAUAUUUCAUGUAUAAAGUUAUGCGGGCGUAGAUUUGUUCAUUGUUAUAAAAUAAACAGUAAAAAAAAUCUUUGAAAACUUA